AUGGCUGCGGUAGGACCAAGUCCAUUGCAGGCAUAUGUAGCUGCGCCGAAUGUCACCAACGAUGACUUGAUGGCGUUCUUCGAUACGCAUUUCUCGGACGCGGCGAUUCAGGCCUUCAAGUCCGAUUUCUUCAAUCCGAACCAGCAAUUUGGCGCUGCCGAUGCAGGCCCUUCGUUCGAAGAUGUCGACAUAUUGGAGGAGGAGGAGGAAGACGAUCUCGGCUACUACCCCGAUGGCGUCAAGCGCACGCUCACUGACGAGCAAAUCGCCAUGUUCCGACACUCCGAGCUCGAAGCUCUGAAGCGAGAGCAGGGGCGGGCAGCUGAACGCCGCUCAACGGGGCCACAGCCAGGCCAAGCUGGUGAGACUGGUGAUGAUGGUAGCCUCAAGACUGCCGAAUCAUCUCAUCAGCAAGGCAGGGCAACCAAGAACAAAAAGAAAAGAAAAGGAGGGAAGGCCAAAAACCAAGAGCCUAAGCCCGACCUCCGCAAACGGACCUGGGAUGUCGUCGAAGCAGGGCUCGACACCCUCGACUACGAUUGA